AUGUCCACUGGAUCGGAGGAUAUUGAGGUUGCUGCCAAUGGCGGCCUGGCCGUGGAGCCAGCUCGACGUGUCAAUGAAGCCCAGAAGACCAUGUGGCAGUCGCUUAGACACAACCCCAAGGUCCUUUUCAUUGCCUUUUUUGCUUCACUGGGUGGCUUCGAAUAUGGCUACCAGCAGGGCGUCUUGGGCCAAUCCCUGGUCAUGACUCGCUUCAAGGAAAACUUUCCUGCCGUUGUCAACUCCUCUUCAGCGACAGGCUGGUUGACAUCCGUUCUCCAGCUCGGCGGUAUCGUCGGCUCUCUAUCCGCCGGUGUGCUGGGCGAGAUCAUCUCCCGCAAGUACACAAUGUUCAUUGCCUGUCUCUGGGUCAUCCUGGGCAGCUACCUCUACGUCGGUGCCCACGAGGGCAUGUCCUCCCUUCUAUAUGCUGGCCGAUUCUUCACCGGUCUCGGUGUCGGCCUCUUCAGCGGCGUCGGUCCCCUUUACAACGCUGAGCUUUCCGCUCCCGAGAUGCGAGGACUGUUGGUUUCUUUCUAUCAGUUCGCCACCAUUCUCGGAAUCAUGCUUUCUUUCUGGGUCGGAUACUGCAGCAACUUCAUUGGCGGAACCGGCGAGACCCAGUCCAACCUUGCUUGGAGACUGCCCUCCAUCAUCCAGGGAAUCCCCGCAGUCCUUCUUGCCAUUGGCAUUUGGUUCAUGCCCUUUUCUCCCAGAUGGCUUGUCAAGGUCGGCCGAGACGAAGAGGCCAAGAAGACCAUGGCUUGGAUGCGAAAGCUGCCCGAGGACGACGAGCUUGUCCAGAUCGAGUUCCUCGAGGUCAAGGCCGAGAGUGUCUUUGAGAGACGCGUCUUUGCACGAGACUUCCCCAACCUGGCGGCCAAGAAGAAGAGCGCCUUUAUUGAGCAGUUUGCCCAGUAUGCCAGCUGCUUCAACUCCAAGGAUAACAUUAAGCGAGUCUUGACUGGUUUCUUCAUCAUGUUUUUCCAGCAGUGGAGUGGAAUCGACGCAAUUAUUUACUAUGCGACCAACAUCUUCAUCACCCUGGGUUUGACGGGAGGCACAACAGCUCUGUUGGCAACUGGUGUCACUGGUGUCGUCUUCAUUGUUAGCACCGUGCCUGCGAUGUUGAUUAUUGACAAAGUCGGUCGAAAGCCCAUGCUUAUUGUUGGCUCAAUUGUCAUGGCCGUCAGCAUGAUCAUUGUCGGUAUAAUCGUUGCCAAGUUCCGCCACGAUUGGCCCAAUCACGUCGCUGCUGGCUGGGUUGCUGUUGCUCUUAUCUGGGUGUACAUUGCCGGUUUCGGCGCUACUUGGGGACCCGUGUCCUGGACUCUCGUGUCCGAGAUUUUCCCUCUCUCUAUCCGCGCCAAAGGUGCUUCCAUCGGAGCCAUGAGCAACUGGCUCAACAACUUCGCCAUUGCCUUCUUCGUGCCUCCCAUGCUUUCGGCCUGGGCUUGGGGCACCUACAUUUUCUUCUCCGUCUUCCUCAUUGCUGGCAUCUUUGCUGUCUGGUUCUUCCUCCCCGAGACGAAGAACGCAACCUUGGAAGAUAUGGACCGAGUGUUCAAGAGCCGUACCGGCGAGAGAGAUGCACAGCUCCUGAGAGAGGUCCAGGAAGAAGUUGGCCUUGUUGCACUCGUUGAAGCUUACACAGCAGGCUCGUACGAGAAGAAGGAUAUCCACGAGUCACAGAUUGAGAAGCUACGCUACAAGUUUGUAAACGGCGCUUCGUCAAGGCGUUCGGCCCCAUCGACUGAAGCAGCACAAGCAUCCAUCCAGCAUAAAGAGCCGCCGGUGCUCAUUGAAGGAAAAGAGCCGGAACUACCUCUCAGGCCUGAGGACGAUAUUAUGGACUCUCUUAUGACCAGAUCAAGCUCGCAAUCCAAGACGGCCUCCCCAUUUACGGCCUCGCACUUACCGCAAGCCGAGUGGAAGGAUUAUUUUUCUCCCACCCAUGCUGCCUCUAUCAAAAACGAGACUGCUGCUCUGCUGCACUUCCAGUACAACCUCGCGCCUUGGAUCGAAGCAGGCGAUCUAGGAUCUUCUUUCGGAACCGAGAUUAUGCUCCUCGCACAGAGACGACGACCCGUGUCGUCUGCUAUCUCGCUGGCUGCUUCCAGUCAAUUAGCCAAGUCUACUUCAACCUAUGGGGAUUUGGCAGUGCUCCAGCAAGAGACGGAAAUUGCUCUUGCUCUUGAAGAGCCACGAGUGAGGCGGAUUGGACACGCGCUACUCGCGGUGGGCAAAGUAUUCAAUAUCAGUCCUUCUCGGUGGAGAACGCUAUCUUUCUUCCAGUCGGAUGAAUCCACGAGAAACACCAACAACUUUUCGGGAUUUGGAGAGCCGCUGGAAACUCUACUGAGGUUCCAUUCCAGACUCGACCUCGCAGCGUCACUAUUGACAGAUCAGCCGCCGCUUACAACUCUGGGAUUCGCCAUGAAUCACGAUCCAGCAGACCGCACUCUCCCAUUGUCAACAAAAUCUAUCCACAACGCUUGUCUACUUCAACUCGCCAGCUGUCUUCAACUGCUACACGGCAGCAACAACAGCAGCAGUAUCGCUUCCCCCUCACCGCCCUUCUUUAUGUCAGCAACUCAAGAACCGUUGCCGCCGAGCCCAGGCUCGUAUUUUUCAUCAAAAUGGUCUUCUUUAUGGUCAAACUGCCAACAAUGGUAUCACAGUCGCCCGCUUGAAAUGCAGCCUAUUCUAGAAAUCCGCAGUGUUGAGGCAGGCCAAAUCGACGCUGAUAACGAGUCCUCGUUCCCAAUCCCCGUCUAUACAAGCUCGAUUGCUCUGCAGUGCAACAUUGUCUAUCACAUCUCGUCACGCCUUCUUCUAUCUCGCAAACCUCGACUUUUGCGACUGUCUAGUCGCCAGCGUCAUCUGUCAUCGCUGAGCUGGCACGCGCAGCAAAUUGCGGGAACGGCAACGCGCAACGAGUUUGCAGAGCAGUGGGACCCUAUUCUCAUUGCCGGGCUGUUGUGGAUCGCCAGGGACAUGACGCAUCCGUCGCAGCAAGAGUCGCUCUUGUCCUGCUUCAGCCAGAUAUCAUCCAGCACAGGAAUCAACUUGGAUGAGGAAAUUCGCCUGCUGAAGGCUAGGUGGAAUGUGUCACAUAACUCAUCCACUCCCGCUGCAAUCAUGGCGGCCAAGGCUUCAGCUCCCCCAUUGAAGGGUAUCAAAGUCUUGGAAUUUGCCGGUCUUGCUCCUGGCCCAUACGCAGGCCUCAUCCUCGCCGAUGCAGGCGCUUCAGUCCUCCGGGUCGACAGACCUCCUUCACCCCGCUCCAAAGGCGAAAUAUCCAUUCCCGAUGUGCUCGCUCGCAACAAGUCCUCCAUCGUCAUAGACCUUAAGGACCCUCGCGGCAUAGCCCUCAUCAAGCGUCUCGCAAAGCAUGUCGACGUCCUCAUUGACCCAUUCCGACCGGGUGUGCUAGAGAAACUGGGCCUCGGGCCAGAUGAGCUGCUUGCCAUCAACCCGCGCCUUGUAUACGGCCGCAUGACUGGAUUCCGCCGCGACGGCAAAUACGCCGACAUGGCCGGCCACGACAUCAACUACCUGGCCGCAUCUGGCGUCCUCGCUCUGCUUGGACGAUCAGGCGAGAAGCCCCUCGCCCCGUGGAAUAUUCUCGCCGACUUUGCGGGCGGAGGCGCCACGCUUGCCCAAGGCGUGCUCCUCGCCAUCAUCUCGCGCUUCUCCACGGGCAAAGGCCAAGUCGUCGAGGCCAACAUGAUCGACGGCAGUUCCCAUCUCGCAUCCUUCCCCCGCAUGUACCUCAAGACCCCCCUAGGCGACCAACCGCGCGGCAAAAACGUCCUCGACGGCGGCCGUCCGUUCUACGACACCUACGAGACGUCCGACGGCGAAUACAUGUCCGUCGGCGCUCUCGAGCCCCAGUUCUUCCAAGCCCUCAUCAAGGGCCUCGGCCUAGAAGGACAAGGCUGGGAAACAAAGCGUCACGACCCUUCUGCCUGGCCACAGCUCUACGAUCUCUUCACCAAGACAUUCAAGAGCAAGACGCGCUCGCAGUGGGAAGCCGUUUUCGACGGCACGGAUGCGUGCUGCGUCCCCGUGCUGCAUUACAGCGAGCUAGAGACGCAGCCCGAUAGGGAGGGCGACCAGAGGCCGGCGGUAACGCUGAGAGAUACACCGUUGUACUCGCCGGCUGAUGCAGAGGGGAAGGGGUAUGUGGCAGAAGCUUUGGUCCCAGGCCGAGGGGCAGAAGACGUUUUGCGGGAGUGGGUUGGAUGGAAGAAUGGAGAUGAGUACGAGUUGGAGAAGGGAGCAGCUGUGCUCAAAUACAAAGGCGAGAACUCCAAGCUAUGA